AUUGCACCACCGCAUCCACUACAGCGCUCCUGCAGGCGGCCAUGCUCCGAUGGAGGGGAUAAAACCGACCGCCGCGUCUACGCUCUCCAAAUUAUCCGGCGCCGUGUCGCUCCAGAUGUGACUGACAAGUCGUUCCACUCCUGUGCAGGUCGACGCAUGCAGCGGCUGUGACAUCAUGGCUUUGGUUAUGGAACCUAUAAGUAAAUGGACGCCGAAGCAAGUACUGGACUGGAUGAAGGGUCUGGAUGACUGUCUUCAGCAGUAUGUGAAGAGUUUUGAGCGGGAGCUGAUGGGUGGAGAGCAGCUUCUGCACAUCACCCAUCAGGAGCUGGAGGAGUUGGGGGUCACCAGGAUAGGACAUCAGGAGCUCAUUCUGGAAGCUGUUGACCUUCUCUGUGCACUGAAUUAUGGCCUGGAGACGGAAAACCUGCGGACUCUAUCACACAAGCUCAACGCUUCAGCAAAGAACCUGCAGAACUUCAUCCUGGGGCGACGGAGGGGAGGACAUUAUGAUGGAAGAGCUUCCCGCAGGCUACCCAAUGAUUUCCUCACCUCAGUGGUGGAUUUGAUUGGUGCAGCCAAAAAUCUACUUGCCUGGCUUGACAGGUCUCCAUUUGCCAGCGUGACAGAGUAUUCAUUACUGAAGAACAACAUUGUGCAGCUCUGCCUAGAAUUAACUACUAUUGUACAGCAGGACUGCACUGUUUACGAGACCGAGAACAAGAUUCUACAUGUGUGUAAGACCUUAGCAGGGAUAUGCGACCACAUCAUCUCACUGUCAUCCGACUCUCUGGUCUCUCAGUCUGCACAUCUGGAGGUGGUCCACCUCACCAGCAUAAUGCCCAGUGAAGGCCUGGGGAUGUACAUUAAAUCAACAUAUGACGGACUUCAUGUUAUUACUGGGACCACGGAGAAUUCCCCAGCAGACCAGUGCAAAAAGAUCCAUGCAGGUGAUGAAGUAAUCCAAGUCAACCAUCAGACAGUGGUGGGCUGGCAGUUGAAAAACUUGGUCAACGCUUUGAGAGAAGACCCAUGUGGAGUCAUCCUCACGCUGAAGAAAAGGCCACAGAACACCCUGAGUUCCACACCGGCUCUGCUCAGGAACGUGCGCUGGAAACCACUUGGCUUGCAGCCGGUCCCCACAAGCCCUACCAGCACUUCCCCUACACCCGGUGGCACUUUAGGCAUGUCCAAAAUGGAUGCCCAAGACGUCUACAUUCUUUCUCCUGUCUCCGGACUAUACAGCCCAAGAGAAGAGCUGGGUUUGAUUUCAUGUGAUGACAUCAGCCGGUACAGUGUGACUCCCCAGUCUGUCUCGAAAGGGUCAGAAGCCGUCAGCUAUUACCUGGACCAGGACAGCGGCCAGUACUUCUCUCUUCUGGAGGGAGAUGGACCCCCGGGCUCCGACUAUGACAGGGGCCGUAAUACGGGCGUGCGCAGGAGAGAUAAGACCCCCACUCAUGGUGACCUCAGACCUGUUUCCAUGCCUCCCGAAUAUAACUGGAUGGCCGAGGCCAAGGAACCCAGCAUGGGCAAGAGAGGGAGCCGAGAUUCAGACAACUCCCUGCUGCGUUACCUGAGUGACGACAAGAUCCUGGUCAUUGAAGAGGAACCAGACGGUCCAGGGAGAGAGAGUCGGCGGGACUCCACCAGACGCUCUCGACGCAAGAGCCGCAAUCCCAGCAGCCCCAGCUUCCCUAUCAGCCCAUCCAUGCUGUCCUCCACCUUGCGUUUAGAUCAGCCACCUGAUGCUUUGCCUCGAGGUGCGGACACACUACGAGCAGACACAACAGACAGGUACUCGGGCUCUGGAAGCUCAGGAGCAGCCUCUAUGAAGAAGUCCUUCCAUUACACCUCACUAAGAACGAAAACCAAAAAGAGAAGUAAAGGUUCCCUAACUAGUGCCAGUCGAAGGAGAAUCUCGUGCAAGGAUCUCGGCCAUGGUGACUGUGAAGGCUGGUUGUGGAAGAAGAAAGACGCUAAAGGAUACUUUACUCAAAAGUGGCGGAAGUACUGGUUUAUCCUGAAAGAGUCGUGCCUCUACUGGUACACCAAUCAGAAUGAUGAGAAGGCUGAGGGCUUCAUCAGCCUCCCUGAGUUCAGAAUAGACAGAGCCAUAGAGUGCAGACGGAAAUUUGCCUUCAAAGCUUGCCAUCCCAAAAUCAAGAGCUUCUUCUUUGCCACAGAUUGUCUUGAAGAAAUGAAUAGGUGGAUGAACAGGCUUGGGUUGGCCGCUAUUGGCUACACCCCAGAUGACAAAGUGCCACGCCCAGAUGAAGACUACUGGAGCGAGAGUGAUCAAGAUGAGGUUGAUGGCUCCAUGACACUUAAACAAGAGGGGCCGUCCUCCCUCUGCGAUACUUACCACCGCACGCCGUCGUCAAACCUCCUGCACACGUAUGACCAGUUGCCCCGUUCGGUCAGCUCCAUGAGCCUCAUGCGCUCCACUCCGUCCCCACUUCCUCUACCAAUGAGUGCCUCCACCUCCCCCAUCCCUCCACAGAUGGUCUCUUCCACCUCCCCUCUUCCUCCCCAGGUCAAUUCUUCUAGCCCUUUCCCAGAGCCAAAGCACGGGCGACACUUUUCUAGCGAGUCCACGCACUCCCACUCUUCUGCUGAAGACCAGCGGGGAGAAGGAUUGGGUAUGGGCACUGGAACGGGCAGCACCAGUACCCACUCCUCAGGUUGCCGCUCGUCCCACCGUGAGCGCCGCUCCUGGCAGGACCUCAUUGAGACCCCACUGACCAGCGCGGGGCUGCACUUCCUCCAGACAGCACCAGGAGAAAACGAUUAUGGCGGCGUAAUGGCGGGUGAGAUGGGGCUUUACGGAGGACUGGGCAGACAGGGCAUGUCGCCAGAGAGACGUAGGCAGGCCACGCUUCCGGUGCGGAGACACCAUGCCGCAGAGAGGGACAGGGAUCGGGAUGGACCCUUUCCUCUUGAACGUGGGCCGCACACCCACAGCUACACACAUCGACGCUCCCACAAGCAGCGCAGCCAGAGUCUGCCCAGGAAUAGAGACCCUUUUGGGGCAAAGUUGCUACACUCUUCAGCUCACAUGGAGGAAAGAAGCGAAGAUGAGGAGGCAGAGAGGCAGGCUGCAGACAUCCUGGAGGGUGACGAGGAUUUGCGGGAGCUGAGAGUUGAGAGCAGAGAGCGGAGGGUUUCAGAGGGAAGAGAGAGGCGGGUGUCAGAAGGACGUGAACCUGAGCCGUUGGAUGGGCUAGAGCAGCUGUAUCGGGCCCUUGAGCAAGCCAACGUUACGGCGCUGGGAGACCCAAGACCCUGUAGCAGGCAGGAAUUUCGACGAGGUUUUACUCAACGAGUCAGGGACCCUCUCCUGAACGACAGACUGCACAGGGUUCGAGCACUACGCAGCACUUUGAAGUGUAAUGUCUCCUCCAGGCCAAAGAGUCCGAGCUGGCGGUCAUCUGCGCCCUCCUGGAGGACCCAGGCCUGUGUUCCCAGACCUUCAGAGAGUGGAAGCAGUGGCACAGCGAGCUCUAUUCCGAAAUCUGCCAGCUCAGCCCUGCAGGCACUAACGGCCAGGAUGACUUCUCCCCGCUAGGCGCUCCUGUCAUGACCCACACACACUCCUUUAUUGAGACCCAUGUGUGAGACAGAUGCACACACACCCACACACACACAUACACACACACAUACACACACACACACACACACACACACACACUGUAUCAUGUGUAAAUAUAGAGGGAACAGUCUGAGAUAUGCGUGUAUGAACUUUUGAUAACUCUGAGGACCCCUGAGGGUGCCUGUUGCAUGCCUGAACAGAAACCAUUAAUCUUCUUUUGUCUAUGGAGCUCAGCAUAAAGUCCUGUCAAGAAGGGAAUGGGAGACAUUUCGACAUGUUACUUUGUAUACUCUUGUUUUUGCUAUUAUUCUGCUUGAUUUUAGGGGGACGGGGCAGUAAUGUAGCAGCAAUACAGAGGAGAAUUAUUUUCACCACAGCACUGUACUUUUGUACUGAUGAACUUUGCACUCAGAGCCACCAGUCCUCCCCCUUCUCCCCUUCCCUUUGGUUUCCUCACUGCAUAUCACGCUGAUUUAUGUGUAGGGACCUCACUGUUAUCCCAGCUGAUCUGACAGGACAGUGCGGGGGAAGUCAGCUCAGUGACUUUUAUUAUAAUAGAAGACUGUGAAAGGUAGCCAUGGACGCUGGUUAAUCACUUUACCAAUGAACCAAUGAAAACAACCACCACAGUCAUUAACAACCAUUUCUAUUAUUUCUAUAGAUGCUCCAUUUUUUUCAAACUGCGUCAGUUUGUCUGCGCAACUGAGUGCAAACCUACAGUUUAACUUCCGACUUCUGUUUAUUCUCUUUCUAAGAGUGUGUAUAUGUGGAUACUGUAUACAUGUUUGCAUUCCACUACCACUGUGAUUUGCGUUUAGAGGUAGCGGUGGACGUAUGUAUCAGAGCGGGUGCAAAUUAAUUUUGUUUUCAAAGGAGUCACUCACUGCAAAGAAUGCACUUUCUAUAUAUCUUCAUCUCAUUGGCGCCAUCACAGGGUCUGUGUCUCAUCGGCCUCUUUACCAUUGCUGUUCAAAUGAUCAGGUACAAGCAUUUGUCUCAUUUUCUAAAGAUUUGUGUACAGUGGACAAAUAUAUUUAAACAUAGAUAAAUAUAUAAAUCUAUUUACGUUUUGUGUCAUAGAUAUAAUGUAAAGUACGCUGUGUUCUAUGCCAAGGCCAAGGUUUUGCAGUGCACCGCCCCUCUUUACUUCUAUUAUCACUGAACUCAGAGCAAACCCCCGUCAUCAACCUGAGUAACAUUUUUCUAGUAUCAAGGCUGACCCGUAGACAUUCUCCUAGUGAUGCGUUGCAUGAGGAAAAAAGGUCUGGGACUGAUUUGAUUGGACAGGGUAAAAUAUUGUGGAUCAUUUUUCUUUUCUUAUACUUCUCAUGAUUGCGGGAUUGAUUGACUUGCAGUGCAUGAUUCGCGCAGAUUUGAAUGUGCAGAGACUUAAAGGAACUCUUUCCGUUUAUGUAUCUGUGUGUUAAGACAUGCAAAGUCGCACAACUGAAGGUAUUGGCAUUCUGUUCAUAUAGUCAGUGCAAUGAGGGGCCUCCGAAAAGGAGGUGACGUCAUUGUUUAUUGUUCACCAUACAAUCAUACACAGAAAAGAUCGUUCUUGUACAUGAUUGAUAGCAGGUGGUUUCCGACACAAGUGUGCAACAUGGGCCAAGGAUUCUGACAGACACGUGUAGCACCUGCUGCAUCCAGCACUACCUGUACGUAAUCUUCACUACUUUUUUGCCCCUCAUCAUAUUACACACUUGUGAAAUAUCAAACACAACCCAGAUAUAGCUCUGUUUUUGAAUUGUUUAUUUGAAAGUACCAUAAAGAAACUAAAUGAUGCAAGCACUUUCCCUGUGCCUCCCAACCCUCUCUUUGGCGACGCUCGACUGGCUUUACUGGAGCUCCUACACACACAGCUGAGGACGAGUGGGAGUACACAGACUUGGUCUUCUGCUGAAGAGCAAUUUGUUUGAAAGAACAAAAAGCGAGUUCUGGUUUGUAGUCACUCCUCAUGUCUGUGUGUAUGUGUGUGUGUGUGUGUAGACCUGCAGAAAGGGGCCGGAAACAAAGGGGAGACUCCAUUGUGUGUCCUUUCAGGGGGUGUAUGCCUCAUGGUACAUUGCACAGGUGUGUACGGUGUAAGUUGCACUGCAACAUAAAAAAAGGAACAUAUUGCUCUUUUUCAAGGAUGAUAUUAGCUUACUGUUAUUAUGUACAAUAAACUGACGAAAGAUAUCGAAAAAAGAAAGACAAGUACAUUUAUUCUUCCUAAAGUAGCCUUUUUUGGUUUCAUAUAUAUGAAUAUAUAUUACAAAAAAUACAGAUUGUAGACUUAUGUUGUUCAAAUUUGACUCCAAAUAAACGGAAUCCUCUGCACUAUGA